AUGUCUAGCGCCGCUUCCACGCGGGUUCUGCUUCGCGCUGGCUGCAGCCUGCUCAAGCGAAAGACUUUUCCCUCUGCUCCACUCUCUCCUAUCCGUUCCUUCUCGCUCUCCCACUCUCUUCGCUCCUCUGCCAGCACUAUCCCCGCCGUCACUGGCAUCCGUGGCCCUUACGAGGGUGCCUCCACCAUCACCGGCGAGGCCGACAACCUAGUCGAUGUCUCUAAAGUCCUCGUCGUCGGAUCUGGUGCUCUCAGCAUCGGUCAGGCUGGAGAGUUCGAUUACUCUGGAUCGCAGGCCAUCAAAGCCCUCCAGGAGGCAUCAAAAAAGUCCAUCUUGAUUAACCCCAACAUUGCUACCAACCAGACCUCGCACGCUCUUGCUGACGAGAUUUACUACCUCCCUGUCACCCCCGAAUACAUUACCUAUGUGCUCGAACGCGAGCGCCCGGACGGCAUCCUUCUCACCUUUGGAGGCCAGACCGCUCUCAACGUCGGUGUGCAACUCGAAAAGAUGGGCGUCUUUGAGCGCUACGGAGUCAAGGUCCUCGGAACCCCCAUCGCGACUCUCGAGACCUCCGAAGAUCGUGACCUUUUCGCCAAGGCUCUCAAGGAGAUCGAUAUCCCCAUCGCUGAAUCCAUCGCUGUCUCAACCGUCGACGACGCUCUUGCCGCCGCCGAGGAGGUCGGAUACCCCAUCAUUGUUCGUUCUGCCUACGCCCUCGGUGGUCUCGGCUCUGGAUUCGCCAACGAUGCUACCGAAUUGCGCAACCUCGCCUCGCAGAGUUUGAGCUUGGCGCCCCAGAUCCUCGUCGAGAAGUCCCUCAAGGGCUGGAAAGAGGUUGAAUACGAGGUCGUCCGUGACUCAAAGAACAAUUGUAUCACGGUCUGCAACAUGGAGAACUUUGACCCUCUUGGAAUCCACACCGGUGACUCGAUCGUCGUAGCGCCCUCGCAGACCUUGUCCGACGAGGAGUACCACAUGCUUCGCUCUGCCGCUAUCAAGAUCAUCCGUCACCUCGGUGUCGUCGGUGAGUGCAACGUUCAGUACGCUCUCCAGCCCGAUGGUCUCGACUACCGCGUCAUCGAAGUCAACGCCCGCCUCUCUCGCUCGUCCGCUCUCGCUUCAAAGGCCACCGGCUACCCGCUCGCCUACACCGCCGCCAAGAUCGCUCUCGGACACACCCUGCCCAACCUGCCCAACCACGUCACCAAGACCACGUCGGCCAACUUCGAGCCCUCGCUCGACUACAUCGUCACCAAGAUCCCCAGAUGGGAUCUGGCCAAGUUCCAGCACGUCAAGCGCGACAUCGGUUCCUCCAUGAAGUCCGUCGGUGAGGUCAUGGCCAUCGGUCGUACUUUCGAAGAGUCUAUCCAGAAGGCUAUCCGCCAGGUCGACCCUUCCUUUGUCGGAUUCCAGGGCGCCGAGUUCGAUGAUCUUGACGCCGCUCUGGCUAACCCCUCUGACCGCCGAUGGCUUGCCGUUGGCCAGGCUCUGCUGCACAAGGACUACACUGUCGAUCGCGUCCACGACCUGACUAAGAUUGACAAGUGGUUCUUGUACAAGCUCAUGAAUAUCGUCCGCAUGCAAAAGGAGAUUGAGUCCAUUGGCUCUCUCUUUGGCCUCAACAAGGAACUCAUCAAGAAAGCUAAGCAGCUCGGAUUCUCCGACAAGCAGAUUGCUCUCGCCGUCGGUGCGACUGAGGCCGAGGUCCGUGAGCGCCGCAAGGGCUUUGACAUUGUCCCCGUCGUCAAGAAGAUUGAUACUCUGGCUGCUGAAUUCCCUGCUGACACAAACUACCUCUACACGACCUACAACGCUACUGUCUCCGACAUCAAGUUUGACGAGCAUGGAACCUUGGUUCUUGGCUCUGGUGUCUACCGCAUCGGAUCUUCCGUCGAGUUUGACUGGUGUGCCGUCAGCACCGCGCGCGCUCUCAGAGAGGCCGGAAAGAAGACCAUCAUGAUCAACUACAACCCCGAGACCGUCUCGACCGAUUUCGACGAGGUCGACCGUCUCUACUUUGAGGAGCUCUCGUACGAGCGUGUCAUGGAUAUCUACGAGCUUGAGUCCGCCAAGGGCGUCGUCGUCUCCGUCGGCGGCCAGCUGCCACAGAACAUUGCCCUCAGCCUGCAAAAGUCGGGCUGCAAAGUCCUCGGAACAGAUCCCGAGGAUAUUGACAAGGCUGAGGACCGUCAUAAGUUCUCGACCAUUCUUGAUUCUAUCGGAGUCGAUCAGCCCGCUUGGAAGGAGCUCUCAUCUGUGUCGUCCGCCAAGGAGUUUUGCGCUUCGGUUGGAUACCCUGUCCUCGUUCGUCCGUCGUACGUUCUCUCUGGCGCCGCCAUGUCUGUGAUUCGUGGCGAGCACGAGCUUGUCGAGAAGCUUACCCUGGCCUCUGAUGUCUCACCCGACCACCCUGUUGUCGUGAGUAAGUUCAUUGAGGGCGCACAGGAGAUCGACGUCGACGCCGUGGCCUACAACGGAACCGUGCUUGUGCAUGCUGUGUCCGAGCACGUCGAGGACGCCGGUAUCCACUCUGGUGAUGCCACGCUUGUUCUCCCUCCCAACACCCUCGACUCCGCCACCCUUGCUCGCUUGAAGGAGAUCGCUGACAAGGUCGCUACCGCAUGGAAGAUCUCUGGUCCGUUUAACAUGCAGAUUAUCAAGGCUGAGAACCCCGAGAACCCCGAGCUGCCUGAUCUCAAGGUUAUCGAGUGCAACCUUCGUGCUUCGCGCUCGUUCCCCUUUGUGUCUAAGGUUUUGGGCGUGAACUUCAUCGAUGUUGCCACGCGCGCCUUGAUUGGCAAGAACGUUCCCGAGCCGGUCGACUUGAUGGCCAAGGAGCGCGGAUACGUCGCCGUCAAGGUUCCCCAGUUCUCAUUCACCCGUCUCGCUGGCGCGGACCCAUUCCUCGGCGUCGAGAUGGCGUCUACCGGUGAAGUUGCCUGCUUCGGACACGAUCUGAUCGAGGCCUACUGGACCUCUAUGCAGGCGACCAUGAACUUCAAGCUUCCUCUUCCUCCGUCCGGCGUUCUGUUUGGCGGUGAUGUGAGCAAGUCCGAUCUCGGCCGCGUCGCGAGACGUCUCGCGCCGCUCGGAUUCAAGCUGUACGUCGCCUCGUCGAUCGUGCGUGAAUACCUCGACGAAGAGCUCACCGACAUCUUGAUCGACGGCCUGCCCGUCACUGUUAGCAUCAUUGAGUUCCCCAAGACCGACAAGCGCAAGUUGCGCGAGGUGUUUCAGAAAUACGAUAUCCAGAGCGUGUUCAACCUCGCCAAGGACCGCGCGGACAACCUCCUGGAUGAGGACUACAUCAUGCGCCGCAACGCUAUCGACUUUGCUAUCCCCUUGUUCAACGAGCCUCGCACAGCUGUCUUGUUUGCCGAGUGCUUGAAGGAGAAGCUGCCGGAGAAGGAGGAAGGUGUUAUUCCUCCUGAGGUCCAGCGGUGGAGCGAGUGGAUCGGCGGCAAGCCGGUCUAA